GUUUGGACUGGAGAAGGGAGGCGGCGGGCAAAGCGCACGUCGAGCGGGGGAGCGGCGCUGCCUGUGGAGAUCCGCGGAGGCCGACAGGAUUCGUUGGCUACCGUCCCCGCUGCCGUGCACUGGGGGAUGGGGGGAAUGGCGAUUCAUUGUAAUGGUUAAAGGCUGUGCAUAUUGGUCCUUGAGAACUCAAACUGAGACUUUUUAGAUUAUGCCUAUGAGUGUGUCUACACAUGCCUGCUACGAAGAUCAGAGGGUGGAGUAGGAUCCUGGAACCAGAGCUCACAGUAGUUGUGAGCUACCAUGUGGGUGCUAGGAAUGGAAACACUACAAGUGCUCUCAGCUGCUGAACCACCUCUUCAGCCCUAGCCUGGAGCUGCUGUAUAGACCAAACUGGCAUCCAAGUCACAGAAAUCCACCUGACUAUCUCCUGAGAGCUAGGAGUAAAAGGUUAAAAACGACAACGAACACCAACCAUGAAAGAUCCAAGUCGCAGCAGUACUAGCCCAAGCAUCAUCAAUGACGAUGUGAUUAUUAACGGUCAUUCUCAUGAAGAGGAUAAUCCAUUUGCAGAGUACAUGUGGAUGGAAAAUGAAGAGGAAUUCAACAGACAAAUAGAAGAGGAGUUGUGGGAAGAAGAAUUUAUUGAACGCUGUUUCCAAGAAAUGCUGGAAGAGGAAGAAGAACACGAAUGGUUUAUUCCAGCCCGAGAUCUCCCACAAACUAUGGACCAAAUCCAAGACCAGUUUAAUGACCUUGUUAUCAGUGAUGGCUCUUCUCUGGAAGAUCUUGUGGUCAAGAGCAAUCUGAAUCCCAAUGCAAAGGAGUUCGUUCCUGGGGUGAAGUACUGAGGUGUGUGAGCAGCCGGCCGCUUUUGGUGGAUGUAGCACAGUUUCCACACUGGGAAGGCAGUGUUAGAAGACUCCAUUGUAAAAGCUCUCUCUCGUCACUGUGUUACACUUACGCAUUGCCAAAGUUUUUGUUAGUCUUGCAUGCUUAAUAAAAGUGCUGAGACUGUUACUAAGUAAGAAGCUGUCACACAGUUACUGAAAGUAGAAUUGGCCGCAUGGCUUAAUGUAAAGACAGCAAUGGAAGAAGCACCAGUCAGUUGUGACAAAGAACCAAAUUAAAUCACCUCCAAAUCUCACUGAAUUGUCUGUCUUUGAGGCUAAACUGGUCCCUUAGGGUUAGUUGACACUCUUUAAUGUCUAUGCUUUGUAAAAAAAAAAAAAAAAUAAGUAAAUAAGUAAAUUUAAAUUAGGUUGUGAUUGUUACAGAUUUCUCAGUUGCAUUUGUCCGUCAAAAAGGAACUUUUCUGAAAAAAAUGUGUUAACUUUUGAAGUAAGUAAUUUCACAAGACUGUCUUUGAGGUUACCAGGUGGUGGUCAGAUAGGAGCUAGUCUGUCUGGCCUUUGCCUGCUGUAUUAUCAUGUUAGGAAUACUGAGUUCUCCUAGUGUUAAUCUUGAGGAAAUACAAUUUGAGGCUUGCAUCUUCUGAAGAUAGAUUGCAUCAUCGCCAUCAUGUGUGAAGUCUUACACAGGACCCACACCAGCCCAUAAUCCAAUUGAAGCACUCGAAAGACAGUAGCAUGACUUUGGUGCUCUUCCUUGCUUUGUUAACCAUCAUGACUAUCGUCUGCAGCACAAGUUUUCUUUUAACAAAGCUAGAACAGUUUUGGCUUCUUAAACUUCAUAUUUGAGUAGGUUAAGCUGCCAUACGUGUUCAGUGUGAAUAGUGUUUAAGUUGAAAAUAUUGUAAAAAAAUUAUAUUUUUUCAAAAAUAUUUAAAAAAAUAAAUGAUAGUAGACCCGA